AUGGGCUCUGGAGGCUUUGUCUACCAUCCCCCGCGCAAACGGCUGCUGCAUUCUCCUUCGCCUGUCCGGUGCGUCUCUCCUUUGCUUUCUCCAGAGGACGAAGCUGAUGAGAUCUUGGAGGCGGAGGAGCGACGGAAGGAGGAGGAAAAGGCGAAGGCUGCGGCCGCAGCGGCCAAGAAGGCAGCUGUGGAGGCCAGACGCGGCUUCGCCGAUUUUGAAGCGGACGCUCCUCUUUCGGAUCCCCUCGCCGAGAAGAUGCGCCGGCAAAAGCUCGUCGAGGAAGCAGACAAGCGCCUCAUGGACGAUCUCUUCUCGGGAUGCGACAGACCGGCGGACUACGUGCCUCCGACGGCUCCAGUCGCUGCGGCUGCCUCGCGGGCGAAGGCAACUAAGACAGCCACGCAGGUUGUGGAUCCCGUCGACGCCAUCUGCCUGCGUAGCUACAAGGACUGCGAGCAGCUCGCCACGCGUCUCAGCAAGAAGAUCCGAGAUAGUCCGGCAAAGAGCCCCGCUUGGUUGAGAUUUCUUGAUCUCCUCCUCAAGGACUGCACGCCGAAGAUGGAGAUGAAAGAUCUCGUGUCUCUCCAGAACAAGCUGCAGAGUUGCGUCGCGGACCGCGACAAGGAGUCGAAGCAGAUUUCGGAGAAGAAGAAGAAGCCCAAUGACGUCGGCUCGAAAAUCAAAAACUACCAAGACGAAAUGGAUAUGCUCUACGGCGACCUCUCUCAGGAUGAAGACGACGACGACGAGGACUUCAUCUGA